AUGCGGUCGACCACGCAUCGCCGCACGCAGUACACCGACGACGACGAUCUGGCAGACCCGAGGCCGUGGGAGACCCGAGUGCCACCCUCGAAAUACGGCUCUGGUGCCCACGAAAAGUCCAGUUCGGCGGAUUCGGCGCUGCCACUUUACAGCAGCAUGGACAUUGAGAAGGAGAAGCUACUAGAGAAGGACACCCUGUCCGAAAAGGUCGUUGUCACCGACGACGACCAGGGCAAGUGGAACAAAGGACACGGCGCCGGCCCGGGGAUUGGCGGGAGACGAGGUCUCCCGCCGCGUCAGCGGAUCGAGGGUUGGUACGAGGAGCACUAUGAGCUCUUCUGGACCGUCGUCUACACUGUCCUGUCCAUGAUCACGAGAUACUGGCGAAUUGGCGCUGCCAGGUUCGUUGUUUGGGACGAGGCGCACUUCGGCAAGUUCGGUACCCAUUACAUCAACCGCGACUUCUACUUCGAUGUCCACCCUCCCCUUGGAAAGAUGCUUGUUGGACUUGCGGGUCUCCUGUCCGGCUAUGACGGCAGCUUCGAGUUUAAGUCAGGUGUCGAGUACCCGGAAGAGGUACCGUACACAGCGAUGCGCGUGAUGCUUGCGACUUUCGGUGUUGCCCUCGUUCCGCUGGCCUGGUGGACCGCUGGGGAGUUUGGAUGGUCUCGCUACACUCGUCACUGGGUCACACAGUGCGUUCUCUUCGACAUUGGAUGGCUCUGCAUCUCUCGUUUCAUCCUCCUCGAUUCCAUGCUCCUGUUCUUCACCUUCACCACCACCCUCGGCCUCGUCAAGUUCCACAACCAGCGACAUGACCCGUUCGGCGACGACUGGUGGAUUUGGCUCAUUUUUACCGGCUUAAACAUUGGUUGUGUGUGCUCCGUCAAGUGGGUCGGCAUGUUUGUGACCGCGCUCGUCGGUAUCUACACCAUCGAGGACCUUUGGGCCAAGUUCGGUGACCUCCGCAUGUCCAUUCGCACUUACAUCAAGCACUGGAUCGCCCGCAUUGUGUGCUUGAUUGUCAUCCCCUUCCUGGUCUACGCGCUCUGCUUCAAGAUCCACUUCAUGAUCCUCGACCGCUCUGGACCCGGCGACGCUCAGAUGAGCUCUCUCUUCCAGGCGCACCUCCGCGGCAACGACUUUGCUAACUCGCCCCUCGACAUCGCCUAUGGUUCCAAGCUCACCCUGAAGAACUACGGUUACGGCGGUGGUCUUCUCCACUCGCACGUUCAGACUUUCCCGACUGGUUCUCAGCAGCAGCAGGUCACUUGCUACCACUACAAGGACAACAACAAUGACUGGAUCGUCACUCCCCCCUGGGGAGGAGAGUUCGACGAGGAGGAGCUGCGCUACCUGAAGGACGGCGACGUCAUGCGUCUCGUCCACGCCUCCACUGGUCGCAACCUGCACUCGCACUCCAUCGCCGCGCCCGUCACCAAGGAGGCUUGGGAGGUUUCGGGUUACGGAAACGGCUCCAUUGGCGACACGAAGGACCACUGGGUUGUCGAGAUUGUGGACGACACCUCGCGCUCUAAGAAGGACAGCGACGGAAAGGUUCAUGCCCUUACCACUCGCAUGCGUCUGCGUCACAAGGAUCUCGGUUGCUACCUGCGCGCUGCCAACUCGAUUCUGCCCCAGUGGGGUUUCAAGCAGGUCGAGGUUACUUGCACCAAGGACAACAACCCCAAGGAUGUCCACACCUACUGGAACGUUGAGUCGCACUGGAACGACAGGCUGCCCGCCGGUAACGCCAAGUUCUACAAGUCCCCGUUCUGGCGCGAUUUCUCGCACCUGAACGUUGCCAUGUGGACUUCGAACAACGCGCUCAUUCCCGACCCGGACAAGGAGGACAUCCUUGCUUCGGCUCCCUCGGACUGGCCCUUCCUCCACCUCGGUCUCCGCAUGUGUGGCUGGGGUGACGGACAGAUCAAGUUCUACCUUCUCGGCACUCCCAUCAUCUGGUGGUUCUCGUCCAUCUGCGUUGUUGGCCUCCUCCUCGUCGGUCUGUGGUACGUGCUCCGCAUGCAGCGCCACUACAAGGACUGGGCUCCAGGAGAGUGGGACCACUUCCUGUACGUCGGUAAGAUCGCGUUCGGCGGUUGGUUCUUCCACUUCAUCCCCUUCCUUAUCAUGGGCCGCGUAACCUAUCUUCACCACUACCUCCCCACACUGUAUUUCGCUGUUCUCAUGGCUGGUCAAGUCCUCAACACGUUCAUUUUCGGUUCGCCUCGCUGGUCGGAGCGCACCAAGUUGAUCUGGUUCAUCUUCUGGACCAGUGCUGUAUUCCUCAACUUCUGGUGGUUCCGCGAUAUGGCCCUCGGCAUCCACGGUCCCAUCAACGACCACAAGGGCUGGCAGUGGCGUAGAUCAUGGAACAUCUACAACGGCCAGUAA